CAAGAGUCCCACGAGAGACGCCGGUUCAGUAGUGUUUCUUCCGGAGCCCUUGUUUAUUUAAAGGCAUCUCCGGGUUACAACUUCCUCAAAUCUCUCGCCGUCUCUCGCCCAAACACACACGCAACAUGGAGUCAUCUCCUCAUUACAACCCCCAAGAUAAGCUAACUGACGAGAAAGUCAAACGAGAAGCCAUUGAGAUAUCCGAGGACAAGUCUAGAGCGAAAAUUGAUCCGGUUGCACUCGACGUCACUUGGGGCAACGAUCCCCGCCACUGGUGCAUCAACAAAAACAAACUGGGUUCGAUCACCUUGCUCCAGGUAUCGUGGCUCGAGGUAGUCGGCAAGCUGGACGGGAGUCGAUUGGUGGCCGGCGAGAGGUACAAGGUGAAGUUCAUGGUGAAGAUGAGGGCAGACGCAUUCGGGUGGAGCGGCUGCCCGGUGUACCUGAUGGCCAAGGAUGCCAGUGGAAAGUUCGUAUGGAAGAAGGCGGAUCUCAGCCUGCUUCCCUCUGAUACAGAGCUCCCAAUACCAGAUAUCCAGAGCCAGGUCCUCAUCUUUACUGCCCCACCAGAUCAGGUCGUCUUCGGCUUGUUCGAGAUUUGGAGAGGUACAUGGAAGGGAGGGCUCGAGAUCGUUCGAGUCAUCAUCGACAAGGUCCCACCCGAUAAUUUUAAGCGAUGAUAAGACAUCGGAUCUGACCUACACCUACUUCACAUUGAUUUCCAUAAGGGUGGUUUCCUCGAGUGUCAUGUAAUCAUUUCUCGCUGCGUACUGUGAAUGAUAGGACGAAUAUGAUGUCCUUUGCUGCAAAUAAAAAUAACGUUAAUAUAUACUGGAUCAUUAUCUAACAACUUAACCUUUUGAGGUUAAUUAUCAUGUAAACAAUGUGUGUAUUUUUUUUACUUUA